AUGCAAUAUAACAAACUUUCAUCACUACCAGUCACGAUAUCAACAGACUUAGCCGAUUUGAAAGUGCUCACUCUAGCGAGUAAUCAGUUGAAAGGAAACAUUAUUCAACCUCCGCUUAUUUAUCUUCGUGAACUUGAUAUGAGCUCCAAUUCUUUGACUAUCGUGGACGGUAUUGAUGAAUAUAGACUAUUAGAAAAACUUGUAUUAGAUAGUAAUGCAAUUAAAUCAAUCGCUGUGGAAAUUAUGAAACUUUCGACAGUACUACAAUCAUUAUCCAUCCGAUCGAACCAAUUGACUUCUAUUCCACAUUCGUUGACUAAUAUGAGAGCACUGCAAUAUAUUUAUGCUACUCAAAAUUACAACUACGAUGGGCGAUACUACCGUCAACGAUUGUUUGAAGUAACUUCGAUUCGACUAUCAAUCUGA